GCGCUUGCACUCGUUGUCGACGCUCCUAUCUCAGCACAGCUCGAUGUCCACGACUUUGCUGCCGCUUUUGUUGCCGCCGCCGCCGCGAAUCGUCUUGCAGUUGUCGACUACCUCCUCGCUACGCCUUCCGAUCUCGCCGUCAACGGCUGUCUCCUCGCCGCGAGCGCUGCGCUUGGCGAUGCAGCCUCCGGUGGCCACGACGCCAUUGUCACUUCGCUCCUUGACAACAUGACGCUCGCCCCGCUGGACAUUGCCAGCGCUCUCCGGCGCGCCGCUGCCGCCGGUCACGCCGCCAUCGUCGCCAGCCUCCUCGCCGCCGACUCAUCUCGGUCGAAGCCCACACGCCUGACAUUGAGCCAUGCAUUUGUUGAUGCCUGUUCCGCAGGCCACGUCGCCGUGGUUCGCCUCCUGCUUCUCCAGCCCGAGCUAGAGCUCGCCGAGCUCGCCGCACAAGCCCUCGCUCUUGCCGUUCGCGGUGACCAUAUCGCCACCGUCGCCGCGCUCCUUGCUGACCGCCGCAUCGAUGCGUCAGCAAACAACAACGAAGCGCUCACCCUCGCCCACGCCUUCGGUCACCUCUCCAUCGAAGACAUGCUGGCCGCUGAUCCGCGUGUUAUGGCCUCGAUUCAUCCUCCCUCACCCUUGCUCGCUGCCGCCCUGGCCAUGUGCUCGCUGCUUUGA